GGAUGCCCACAGACGUCAAGCACGAAGAAGGCAACGACCCGGAAGUUAAUCGGAACCUCGCGUCGUUUGGAAGUCGGCGUGUUUCGCACCAAAGCGAAACUCGGAGCCGUCUCUUCUCCCCCCCCCCCCCCCGGCCGAGUUCCUCCGCGUCUGCCGCCGCCAUGUCCGACCAUCACCGUCACGGCCGCGGGUGCGGCUGCGGGGGCGCCCACGAGCCCGCCGAGCGGGGCGUCGAGUACGGACUGUACCGGCGCAUCGACGCCGACAAGCUGCAGUGCCUGAACGAGAGCCGGGAGGGCGACGGCAGGCUGGUGUUCAAGCCGUGGGACGAGCGGCACGAUCGCGACAAGUUUGUGGAGAGUGAUGCUGACGAAGAGCUGCUCUUCAAUAUCCCCUUCACAGGCAGCGUCAAGCUGAAAGGCGUCAUCGUCUCCGGGGAGGACGACGACUCGCACCCGGCCGAGAUCCGAUUGUACAAGAACAUCCCUCAGAUGUCCUUUGACGACACGGGCCGAGAACCGGAACAAGCUUUCCGGCUCAACAGAGACCCCGACGCUCAGCUGGAGUACCCGACCAAGAUCGCCCGUUUCUCCAACGUCUGCCACCUCUCCAUCCACAUCUCCAAGAACUUUGGCGGCGAGACCACGCGCGUCUACUACAUCGGACUGCGAGGCGAAUACUCCGAGGCUCGCAGACACCAAGUGACCAUCUGCAACUACGAGGCGUCCGCCAACCCCGCCGAUCACAAAGCGGAGAGCGUCGUCCCUCCGACCAACUUCGUUGCCUGAGGCUCCGCUGUCCGGGAGGAGCGCCCGAGUCUGACCUUUGCCCCCCUCCCCGGCGUGCUCUUCCCUGGCCCACGUCAACGGUGCCGCCGGAGGCGCUUGGUACCGGCGUUGCCCGUGCGUCUCGGAGCAAGUUGGGCCCGGUGAGGCGCACGCCGCUGCCGACGGGGCGCCAGACGCUAAUGUCAAGACUGCUAUCAAAUCAUGAACGCAAAAGUUGGAAAUGUAUAUCAAUAAACGAUCUGCCGCA